AUGGAUGAAAAUAAUUGUUUUAAUGAUAAUUAUUAUUUACUAAUGGGCGACAAUUAUUUUGGCAGUGAACCUUUUAAUACACCUAAUAUAAAUGAAUCUUUUACAUCAAAAAUAUUAAAUACUAUGUCCGAAGUAUCAAAUGUUACCGAAAUAUCAGAUAUGACAUCUGAAACUUCAAAUAAUUUUGAUAUUAUAGAUGAAACAUCUAAUGCUUCUAGUUCUUCACGGUCUGAUGUUUGGAAAUUUUUUGAUAAAGAGAAAAAAGAUAAAACCGUUACUGCGAAAUGCAAACAUUGUCCAAAUAUUAGAUAUUCUAUCAUUAAAGGUGCUACAACAAAUCUUUGGACACAUGUUAAAAGAGUUACUCAAGAUGAUUUACGGUCAUGGAUUAUGGAAUGGAUUGUUCUCGAAGACCUUUCUUUUACAAUAGUGGAAGGUCGAAUUAAAAGUAUAAUUGAAAAAAUAUCAAAAUUUCAUGUUGUAUCUGCAGAUACAAUUAAACGUGAUAUAAUAAAAAAAUAUAAAGAAAUGCAAACUAAUGUCCAAAUAGAAUUACAAAAGCUAAAAGAUGAAACUGAAAAAAUUCGAAAUCUUAUUACUAAAUCCCGCUCAUCUCCACAACGACGCCAGAAAUUUUCAGAAAUUGCAAAUUUAAAUAAUAUUAAUUUGUUACCUAUUCUUGAUGUUCCAACUCAUUGGAAUAGUACAUACAUGAUAAUUCAACGAGCUUUAAGUUUAAAAGUGGUUUUUGACAAGAUUUUAUUAAUCGAAGAAUUUUCAGAUCUAAGUGAUUUUAAACUUAGUCAAUCCGAAUGGAUAUCUCUAGAAAAUAUUGCAUUAUUUUUAAAACGAUUCGCUAAACUUUCUACUGAAAUGUGUUCUUCUACAUAUCCGACAAUUAGUGCAGCAUAUCCUAUGUAUAAUUAUCUUAUGGAUCAUUGUGAAAAAAGAAUAAAUGAUCAAGCCUGUGAUAAAAUAUCAGACGCGGCAAAAGCAGCAUGGGAAAAGCUUCAAGAAUAUUAUAAUAAAACUUCGGAAUCUUAUCAUUAUAUUUCCACGAUUCUUGAUCCCCGUUGGAAAAUUAAAUAUUUUCAAACUUGGACUAAUGAUAAUUAUGAUCAAGUUUAUUAUAAAGAUUAUUGUUCUUUAUAUUUUCCAAUUUCAUCAUCUGUAAGUAAUAAUUUACAAAAUGAAGACGAUGACGAGGAUUCAUUAUUUCCUGUUUCAAAGCAUUUUCGUAAUCAUGAUG